AUGUCGUACCAAUUCCCUCCAUCGUCUCCUGUCUUGGAAGACAAGGAGAAUAUUGAUCCAAGACCAAAAGUGAUAGAGACUGUGGAAGAUGAAUCGGUUCUUGAUCAUCUUCAUGAGUUCUAUCCCACUCCAAAUCCUUCCUCUACCACGGGAAGGCACACUGAAAUGAACGAGGCCAUACCAAAUAGUUUGGCUGAAGUUUCAAAAGUUGAUCCAGAGGUCACUAAGCAAACUGCGCAAGAAGAUGUCCAUGAAAGUCUUGUUGAAGAGACCACACCAAUCAUUCGCAUACCUGGCUCUGGUGAAGAGGUUUCAAUUGGCCGAUCUUCAAAAAAUGACUUCAAGCUGUCUAAUAAUAAACAGAUUUCAAGGUGCCAUAUCCAGUUAUCAUACGAUAAUAACACGGAUGAUCUUAAGGUACGAGUUCUUGGCCACAAUGGUGUCAACGUAACCAUCCCAUAUAAACUUGACGUGCAGUUUACAGAGGUCAACAAUGAGUACAAACUAAGCAGAUACAUGAUUCAUGACAAAUUCCUCACCAAUUUCAACAUGUUUAAGGAUGAAACGAUUGUGUUCCCUUACCAUGAAGGUGUUAUUUUUGACAUUAAGGGGGAAGUGAUGAAGGUGAUAGUUGACGGAGCUCGUAAGAGAAAAGCUGAGAAACCACCGCAAACAUCGUCAAUAUCAGACCGUUCAUCCAUCCCACAAACAAAAAGUCGAGCAGCUUCCCCUGCAACUCCGGCUAGGAAAACCAAGCGAGCAACCAGAGACGAUAAUGACCAACUUUUAAUGGCCCAUCUCACUGACGAAGAGAUUGACGGAUUCUUACAGCACGUGACAGAAGACGAUCUUCACGAGAUAUGUAAGAUUUUGAUUAACCAUCUAGCAUUCUCUAGAUUACAGUCAACACCACUCAGGGAUUUGCAGAAAGUGUCUCAAAGGACGCAGGUUCUCACCAAGCGACAAUUGCGGGUGAUUUUGAUCAAAAAGAUUCCGUGCAUCGGUGUGAUCUACAGAUCUGGUAAAGAUGCUGCAGGUGAGCUAUUGGACGAAGAGUACUACUACGAUGUUGAUAAGGAUGAUGACAGUGGUCGGGUUUCCUUAGUGAACAACUUAAAAGGAAAUUCCAGCAUUCGUAACUGUAGAAAGCAGCACAAACAGUAUUACUGGAAGAAGCCCACUCUAAAAAAAUAA